AUGUCCCUCAACUCCAAAAGCUUACGACGAUACGGACAUGUUCCGCCUGUGCAGUACGAACAAACAACCGGGCCAGAAUUGCACUACACGCAAACUGGCUUGCAAAGAAAACAGAGUUUUGACAACAAUGAUGAUUUGGGCUUACAAGGCUAUACAGAUAGGAGAUAUGAGACUGGAUCAAAUCUGGUCACUGGUAGAUCUCUAAAUUCUCAUGAUCAGUUUAUGGAAAGUUCGUAUAUAGCUUCGUGCCAUGGCUCACUCGAUCUAGGACAGACUGGUCACAUUCCUCAAGCGUCACCUCAUUACCAGCAGCCGCAGCUGCAACAGUACCUACCUUUCUCAAAUGACGAUCAGUUACCAUCGCACAUAAAAAUGCCGUCUAUUCAACACUGCUACAGUGAAAAUGAACCAGGCCAAAAUAUGAUUCCAUCAUCCUUGAAUCCCAAUAUCACGAGUGAUCAAGAUUUCAAUUCCUCAGUAUACCAAAUAACCAACCCCUCCAGAGACUACAUGCUACAAAAAAAUGAACCUAUCAACAAUUUAUAUCCUGAAAAAUAUAAUAAUCCCGCUACUUUAGACUCAAUGGUGCCUUCUGAUCACUGGCAGCAGAAUAUUUCAUGUUACACAAGUCAUCCAGUACCUCUGAAGACGUCACAGAAUGAACAUUUAGAAUUUAACCCAACGCCUACAGUAUCUACGCCAAUUUCUCCUCGACGACAGGACAGUCGAAAUACCCCAUCUUUCAUCAUACCCUAUGGCCUAGAUGAUAACCAGUAUGAGCAAACUAAUUGUCGGUCCCCAGAAAACAAUUGGCUUCCCUCAUAUGCGCAAGAUAGCUACUCCAAGUCACACGCCAAUUUAUGUCAAAGUCCAUACAAGAAUGAUUCUUGCCCUUCUACUGGUUGCAUACCAGAUAAUUCAGCACCUCCAUACGCGAGUGAGAUAGAAUUGCAGAGACACCCAACCUCUAGGCCCUUGCCAAACGCGCCAGUUGAUGAGGUUGAUGACACAUAUUACUGGGGUAUGAAAGGUAGUUUGGAGGAAAAUGUGACACAAAAGCAGCUAUAUGAAGAUAUUGGAGAUGCGCUGGGGGCUUUUGGAUCAAGGCAAAGAAUUCGACCACCUAUGCAUAGUGAGGAGCCCUUUGACGCAGAAAUAAAUGCCCUUCAGCAAUUUGACUUGUCUACAAUAAACGAUGAAGAAAAAUUUGCGCAAAAUAUAUGUCAAACUCAAUCUGAUGUGUUAGACGAUAGAGAUGAUAAUGCUAGCGAUGUUGAAGCGGAAGCUGGACUUGAAGGCAUGAGACUGGCUGAGGAGCAAGAUCUGCUCUGCGGCAUUGGGGGACUAAGUUUCGGCCAGUAUGAGCGGUCCCGAUCUCCUCAGCAAUUUUUGCUAGACGAUAGCAGCGAAGAAAAUAAUGAAGUGGUAGAUUUAGGUUCAGCAGGUGGUGGCUAUGAUGCACACCUGUCAUACGGCGGGAAAGAUCUAACUAGACAUACUUUUAGUCUUGAUUGCACCAAGGGAAUCCCAAACUUGCAGCUACCAAUACAACAAGCAUCAACAGGCUCUUUAAAUCACAUCAGUGUAUCACCUUCUUGCCGCGGAAGUGUUUCUGAGCCUUCAAACAACACAAUGUCUCCCUUCCCAGCUUUUGAUGACUCCGGGGUUGACAUUUACGGGGAAAACGGGUUACAAAUGCCGACCACUAAGCCACACAGGAUGAGUUUCAACGAAGGUGAUGAGCAAAUGCCUCUAUAUCCUCAGCCAAACGCUGCGUUUAAAGGUGAAAAUCUUUCUCGAGAUGAUACUACUGAGUACUUUUAUUAUCCAAAUAUAGCAUUAUCUUCAUCUGAGAAGCAACGGGGGCUCGAUCGUCCCUUACCCCCAGUUCCCGGAACUAAAGAGGAUAGAAGCAACCUACUUGCUGGAAUAUAUCACGAUCCAAGCCACGAUAUCAGUUUGUUUGCGUCAAAUCUAGGAUCUGCUACCCCCGUGCGGAAGGAGCCAAAUGACGCACUAAGCAUACCGUCCUUUCGGGGCGGCCAAUAUUUCUCAAGGUCCUCCUCGCUUUCUAACCAUGGAAGUGCCCCAUAUACCCUACCCCCUGCGCGCUCCAAGACAGAUGCAGAGGAAAGACAGGCCCGACAAAAAAUAGCCCGGAUGAGUAUGCGCUCAGUUGGUGAACUCGAUGGGUACGAUAUUGGAAGCCCUCAGUCCCUGCAUGCACUUGAUCUUCCUUCACUACCUGCGAACCGUCAGAAAAAAUUUUGCCCGACCCGAUUAUGUAGUGCAGACUUUAACAAGUGUAAAGAACCUUGGGCAUUAAGCAGCAUUGCAACAUGGAUAAUAGAUGUAGCUGGCGGUGGGUCUAUAGAUGGAGAAGCCGAUCUUCGCAUUAGAGCAAUCGAGGAUGGACUCGUCGCUCUUUUUACUCACAAAAUGCCUACGAUGAACACAGCAGACGCAGAGACUCUCAGUCAAAAAGUGGCUGACUCACUUCUUGAAACUGGUAUUCUUGUACGAGAAGAAGAAUGGGUCAAAUUUGGACAAGGGGAAAUAUCGGGUAUUUUGUGGCAAUUGACAGGUUCAGGUUGUUACUCGCCGAAAUUACAUGAGUAUGAGAUACACGGACGAUGUUAUUCACAUCACUGUGCCCGGACUUUAAAAAAAAUCAAUCUUCAAGCUCAUACCUUGGAGCCAUCUCGAAAGACGGAGGAUUGGAUAACAUUCUUUAAACUAACAAAAGAACAGCUGGAAGGAGCUAGUAAAAAAGAAAUACAACGACAAAAUAAUUUACACGAAAUUGUAAUGUCUGAAGACCUUUAUAUGGAUCAAAUCAAUAUUCUCCGAAUCCUAUACCGGGAUGAGCUAUCUUCAUGGCAACCGCCUAUAAUUGUGAAAGAAAAAUUGCCCAAAUUUAUAGGUGCUGUUUUCGGUAAAGUUCAAGCUAUCAAAGCUGUCAAUGAAAGCUAUUUAUUAGCACAGCUUAAGUACCGGCAAAAGGAACAAGGGCCUUGGAUCGUUGGUUUCAGCGAUAUUUUCAGGGAAUGGAUUCGGAAAGCAAAGGCUGUCUACAUUGAAUAUGCUGCAGGAUUUCCGCAAGCAACUCAUCUUGUGCGUAAAGAAGCUGGGAGGAACCUACUAUUUCGGCAGUUCCUAGACCAGGCACGGGACAAUAAGCUUUCAGGGCGUUUGGAUUGGAACACUUACCUUAAAGCACCUAUCACCCGGCUUCAAAGGUAUAGUCUACUUCUCGGUACUGUCCUUCAUAAUAUGACACAAGAUUCUGAAGAAAAAACAAAUCUAGCUAUUGCAAUUGAAGAAAUAAAAGCAGUUACCCUUGAGUGCGAUGCGAAAGUUGACGAGCAAUCUAAAAAGGUAGAGAUGCUUGAGCUUCGAUCUAAACUUAAUCUUAGACCAGGCAUGGAUGGUGUUGAGCUUAAUUUAGACCACAUUGGACGCAAACUUAUCUUCGAAGGUGAUCUUCAAAGAGCUGGCACUAACCGCUUUAAUUGGCUAGAAACACAUGCAAUACUUUUAGAUAACUAUCUAAUCCUAGCGAAGACGAUUUCCAAAGGCGAUUUCAAUUUCGAUGGCCGAAAAGUGGCAUAUGAUGUCUCCAAACAUCCAAUCCCGAUGCAACUUCUCGUUCUAGAAAGUACGAAUGACGAUCCCGUCGUCAAGUCAUCUGUGAAGGGAAUCGCAAGUGUGACGACCAUGGGGAAACCUACUUCUUCUACUACGCUAAACUCGGGGCUCGGUCGUUCGAAUUUGGAAGGCGUCGAACGAACGACUACUUUAGAACAUACCCUUUCAAAUCAGUCAAACUCGUCUGCACAUCGAGCUCAACCGAGCCUUGGUGAUAGCGAUGCAAGACAAAUGUAUCCGUUCCGAGUGAAGCAUUUGGGAAAACCCGAAGUUUAUACGUUGUAUGCACCCAGUGCCCAAAAUAGAAUGGAGUGGUGUGAUAGAAUACUCGACGCCAAAACUCAACAUACUAUAUCUCUUCACGAACAGAAUGCGGAACCAUUUAGACUACGGGUAAUUGCUGAUAGUGCUUUUGCACUAGACAACUUGUCCAUUAUUCCACAGAAAUCUAGUGUCUCCGUGUGCGAUACACCCUUGGAUAGAGCAAUCAGAGAACUGGAAAAUAUAUAUGGAGCUGGCCCUCGACCGGGACCAGUUUGUCGAGCUCAGAUCAACUGUGCUACAGUAUUUACCGGUCAUGGUAAAGCUAUGGUAGCUAUUGGGACAGAUUAUGGCGUUUACAUCUCGGAAGAAUCAAACCCUCGAGGCUGGACAAGGCAGUCAAUUCAAAUUUCUCGGGUCACCCAAAUUAGUGUUUUAGAAGAAUUUUCUCUAUGUCUGAUUAUCGCAGAGAAAGCACUCAUCGCAUAUCCACUUGAGGUAGUAGUGCCUGCUUCAGGUUUCCCCGCACCAGCUCAGGAAUCAGUACGCCGCGCUCCGCAAAAGCUUUCUGGCAGUCGUGAUGUUUCAUUCUUUGCUACUUCACGCAUGAAAGAUCGGACAUUACUAUUCUACAAAAAACGUGAAGGUCUCCAUUCAACCUUCAAAGUCCUUGAGCCAGUCUUUCAAAAGUCUUCUGAAAAGAGAGCGCGGCUUCUUGGGAAGCUAAAAGGCGGUACCACUGAGUUUUUCAGGGCAUUUGAUGAAUUUUAUAUCCCUACUGAAUGCUUCACAAUCAACAUUUUUCACUCUUAUAUCGCCAUCUCAACUCUGAAAGGGUUUGAGCUCAUGACGUUGGAUAAAAAGGUCCCUAUGAGUAUUCCUGACACUAAGGAUCCUGCUAUCAACAACAUUACUGCAAGACUCGCUGGACAGAAACCACUGGGAAUGUUUCGCCUUUCAAGCACCGAAUUUUUACUUUGUUAUGAGGAAUGCGGUGUUUACGUCAACAAACACGGUGAUGUUUCACGGAGUGUAAUAAUGGAAUUUGUUGGUAAAGCUAAAACAGCUGUCAUGUACGGCACCUAUCUUGUUCUCUUUGAUAGUGAUUUUGUCGAAGUACGAAAUGCCGAGAACGGCCGGCUACGGCAAGUGAUUGCGGGACGAGACAUUCGUUGUUUAGACUAUGCAGUAAACCCUCUAGGGGCCGGGGUGGAGCAAAACACAGUUAUGGUCCGGACGCCUGAUGUAAAGCGGACUCUGAAAUUUUCAAUGAUACAUCCAGAAGUACCAGGAAUUCAAUUAGUCUUGGAGAUGAUUUUGAAUGAAGGGCAUUCUGAAUAA